GGCAGGCAGGGGAUGAAUGGGACGUGGUGGUCGUACAGGAAGACAUACAGAAAUGGAUCACGGAACAACGGAACCCCGUUUUGCGGACCGUGAAAAAAUACUGUCGUGUGCAUGAGGCCUUAGGGGUAUACCUUACUGAAAAGACGGCUGGGCCGCCAGCCGGGACUAAUCCACCUGCCGCCUCCUAAGGGGAGAUCACUUAAGAUGCCCCAGUCCAGGUCCAGCAGAUAUUUACCGUAUUCCCUUUGGGCUACUCCAUCUGCCACCUCCUAAGGGGAGAUCUGUAAGGAUGCCCCAAUCUAGGUCCAGCAGAAAUCAGCUGUAGCCCCCCCUGCCUGGGGAAAUCUCUUGCUCUGCCUAACCGUUAACUGUCAAGGUGCCUGACACAAACCACACAGACAAACACACACAGCAGAGCAAACUCAAACUUUCCGGAUUCUAGGAACUCAGGAUUUUACAUCAACCGAAGUUGCUACUACGUAACAUCAAUAGCAGAACAGUGGAGCAGCAAAGAGGCAGGGCACAUACAUGGACGUAGGUGAUGGAAGCAUGGCAUUAACACACUCAGCUAGUUUCAAUGGAGCCACAGUAGAAGAAUAUAGAUAUGCAGAAGAAGACUUUAUCCUGCCUGGAAUCACAUGGCAGAGGAGGAGAAAAUGUGCAGAAGAAAAAAGUUUUAUUUCAGAUUUUGAUAGAGCACUGCAGUCCAAAUGGAUAGAGAAGAUGGAGCAGGGUCUCUUUCGCUAUCCACUGUGGAGCUUACAAACCAAGAUCUUACCCGGCACUGUGAAGUAUGUGGCACAGCUUAAUGUCAAGAGGGGCAUAGAGAGGAGAAAGCCGCAGGACAUCGCGAGCAUCCAGGAGAAAUUCAACACAAGCCAAUUCAAUUUCAAUAAGAUCAAGCAUGAGGAGAUUCUGUUUAAGAUGGUCAGGUUGCCACCGGAGGAGGUGCCUAGUGGAGCCCUUACGGAUAGGAACCCUAAUCAUGUGUCUGCCCUGUCCAGCAGUAGGCAUAACCACACCUUGGUGGUCAUUAACGUUAGCCCUCUUGAAUUUGGACAUGUUUUAUUUAUACCAGACCCAUUCCUUUGUUUGACUCAGAUUUUGACCCCAGAUCUAACAUUGCUUGGUUUGGAAUCCAUACUUCUCAGUGGUCACCCAGGGUUUAGAGUUGGUUUUAACAGCCUUGGUGGGUUUGCGUCUGUAAACCACUUACAUUUACAUGGAUUUUAUUUGGAUGAAGAGCUGCAGAUCGAGUCAGCAGAGAGCAAACCUUUGUGCCCCGAUAUUAACUUCCACCAGCUAACUCAUUUCCCAGCUCCAGGCUUUAUUUUUCACACCGACGGGAAAGACUUGAUGUCCGUCUCCCAGAAUAUUUGCAGAGUUACAGAUUAUUUUGUAUCUCAAAAUAUUGCACACAAUGUGUUCAUGACGAGAGGUUGUAAUCCAGAGAGCAGGGGUUGCUUGGAGUCAAGGGAAGGUAUCAGAGUGGUCAUAUGGGCGAGACAGUCCUGUUUUGGUGCCAAGGAGGAGUCCGCAUUCAAUGUGGCCCUCUGUGAACUUGCGGGACACUUGCCCGUCAAAAACGAGGAUGAUUUCAAUUCUCUAACUGAGGAAUCUGUUAUCAGUAUUGUAAAGAGUUAUCUCUUCUCAGAUGAUGAAUUCAAUAAAUUGUCACUGGAGUUAGUACAACAUUUAAAUGGUGAAUAACUUUUACUACACAUGUCAAUGCAAGACUAUGGAGAGGAGUGAGCUGAGGAGACACACAUAGGCAAGCUUAUAGCUUAGCACAAGUGCGUCAUUCACAGAAUUACAGGUCACUACUUCUCUGUAAUGUCAGUGUGAUGACAGUGGAGUGACUGUGAGACAGUUAGGAAGGAGAGUCUCCUCUACUUUCUGUGUUUGCAGUGGAUGGCAGCUAGUCUACACCCACAGUUUUAGAAAACUGCUAAAAAUGCCAGCUACAAGUGAUAUAAUGACCACAAGUCUUGUUAUUCAUCAUGUGCACACUGUACUACUGAUUUAGGCCUCAUGCACACGACCGUUGUGUGCAUCCGUGGCCGUUGUGCCGUUUUCCGUUUUUUUUCGCGGACCCAUUGACUUUCAAUGGGUCCGUGGAAAAAUCGGAAAAUGCACCGUUUUG